GCACUAGCUCACAGCCAGGAAUAGGCUGCGAUUUUUAAACUUUUUUUCCACCCUACACUUCAGGAAAAGCGAACACACAAUGUUCAUUCGCAGGGAUCGUUUCCUGAGCAUGGUGUGUGCUCACUGUCCCACAGGUCACUUUGCAGUGUGUCACAUCCUUCUGCACAAGGGAGAGCAGGAAAUGGCAAACUCCCAGUAUGAGGCAAAGCAUUCCCAUCCCAGCAAUUGGUCCACAGGAGCUAUAAAUUGGUCUCCUCCAGAAACAGAUCAAAAUUUGUCUUCUGGGAGGGUGGCUGGAAACUGAAGAAGCCAUGGAGAGGGGCGGUGCUGCCUUCGUGCCCACAGCAGACCCCACGCAGCACUUCCACGCGGCCCUGCUGGAGCAGCGGCAGAGGCUGCGCGGCCAAAUCGCGCACCUCCACCGGGCAGCUCGGAAACUCAGCCAGCUCCGCCGCAGCUCCCUGAUCGCCAACGUCAGCGGGAGCGCCCUGACGGCCACCGGGGCGCUCACGGCCAUCCUGGGGCUGUCCCUGAGCCCCGCCACGCUCGGAGCCUCCCUGCUGGCCUCGGCCGUGGGCCUGGGCCUGGCCACGGCCGGCGGCGCCGUCAGCAUCACUUCCGACCUCUCCUUGGUGCUCUGCAAUUCCCGGGAGGUGAGGAAGGUGCAGGAAAUUGCGGUGACUUGUCGGAAACAGAUGAGGGAAAUACUGGGCUGCCUGGAGUUCCUUCGCCGGGGGCAGGGCCCGGGUGACCCGGCGCUGCGGCAGUCGGAGAAGAGGGCGUCCAUCUCGCUCUACAACUCCGUCUGCUUCAUGGUCCUCUGCGGCUCCCACAGCUUCCUCGUGCCAGAAUGCACAAAGGAGGCCACCAAGGUAAGCCAGGCUGUGCUCAAGGCCAAAAUCCAGAAACUGGCUGACAACCUCGAGACCUGCACCAGGGCAAUGGAUGAAGUCUGUGAUCUUCUGGAGUCCAGAACAGAGCUUUCCCCACGCACGAGGAGACUCAGCUUGGGUGCUAAAACCACUGCCGAGAUCCCGAGACCCUGCAGCUGAAACAGUGUUUGGCCCAUAUAAAAACUGGGUUUGGAGACAUUGCAUUAUUUACUGUGACCAUUAUCACUGCUACCUGUUGUUUUACAGUUCACAGUGCUGGUGCUGUGAGGUGGACGUUCUGCAGACCCCUUUUUCCCCAGCCAUCUCCACUGCUCUGCUUCCCCAAGGCAGCAAAAAGAAUUAGGUCAGGAGGCAGAUGAAAUACCUGAUGCUGACUGAACCUGGUUUGUAGACAACUUAUGAAUCUGUGUGUGGUACAAGGGCUGGAGUACCCUAAAAAAGCCAGCAGCUGCAAUUUCCAGUAGAGUACAAUCCCAUUACCAAGGUACAUCUGGAAAGGCUGUAGAAAGAAGCAGCUCCAGAUAUGACAGACUGUAUGGAUGAAAUAGCAGGGCCAGAAUUUAUCUGUUUUGGAGAAACCUCUCCAGACUGAGAACUGUGAUGUUUGUAUCCUAUUUAUUUACAUAGAAUGAUUUUAAGCUUAUGAUAUUGUAUUUAAGAGUGUGUAUAUAUAUAUAUAUUUUUUUUUUUUUUAAGAGGCCUCUGUUCCAAAGGAAAACUGUUGUUUUUUAGAGUAAAAGCAAGUCUGUAGUAUGUGAGAGCAAGUUACCUGUUAUUUUGCUGUGAGGGAGGGCAAGUCCCUGUAGGAAACGGAAAGCAUGACUUGAAUGCUGAUAGUAAUAAAAUAGGUGAAACACAGUUCAAACAGUGACAAUAGAUUUCAGGAGCCAAAAUAGAGAGAAGAAUGGCCCUGGGACCAGAGUCUGCCUCAGGGCAUUGGUGGAAGGACACAGUUAUAUCUCCUGCAGCAGGAAGGGAAGGGUAGUAAGACAGGGUAGAACAAAACCAGUAGGUUGGUGCUACGUGAUGGGAGCACACCUGAGAGGUGGAAGUGCCGCUCUCCAUGCAGUCAAGCAGCCUGUGAGACCCACAGUGGAUCAUCUGGAGGGGGGAGGCAGCACUCAUGGAGAGCUACACGUGCUCCUAGCAAUGCUUCCCACAGAAGGCUUCAUAUCAGUGAAAUACGUGCAGGUACUAAUAUACAGGAGGGGUAGAGAGGAGUAGGAUGAUUCAGUGGCAGAGCCCCUGCAAAGCAGGAGCAAGGGCUGGGACCCUAUUUCAAGUGACUGUUCUGCUAAAUAUGCCCUUUGUGAUUUUGAGCCAUCAGUACCUCAGUUCCCUGUUCAAAACAGGGAUAGUAGCACUUCCCUACCUCACCAGGAUGUGUCUGGGAUCACACCUCUGAGAAGUGCCCAAGUAUGGUGAUGAUGGGGAUCAUGUCAGUACCUGAAAGAGGUACAAGGAAGAGACCCUGAAACUAGCUUGAGGCGACUCAAAAAGUCAAUGCAGAGGUAACUCCCUCCACAAGCAUGCCCAGUGGGCAAGGGAAACUUCCCUGAGCAGACACAAAUCCAAAUGAUCAGAGAAACCUACUCUGUAAUUCUGUAACACUGACCAAAUCCUUAGGGAGGGCAGCACUCUGGGUCACAAAGCUUAAAUCCCUGUCCUUCUCGUCUCUUUUCAUGAUAUCAACAUUUGUUUUAAUAUGUUGUAGGAAGAAUAAAAGCUCUGGUUCCCCAGAGUGGGACUCAGAUGCUUUUGAUACCCAUGCCUGUUUGCCAGAAAUGAACAAGUAGACUGCUGAUUCGAAUAAAUGAACAUGAAGCAC